CCCGAGACCGUGUUUAGGCUUCGGGUGGGAGGAGCGUUGUCGACCUAUGGGGUGAGCGUGCCGUUGGAGGUCUGGCAGAGUGCGGACGAGCGUCUGGUGCUCGCUGUCACAUGUGACGGUGUGUCGGAGGAGAGAGAGGGCGCGAGAGUUUGUGGGUUGGCGAUGGCGCCGUCUCCGAUGGUUGAUGACGGAGGAAUGGCUGCCGAAGUGACGAGUCUGAGCUUCGAGUUUAGCCAGCACGCGCUCUCGCAGGUGAUGGAGAAGUGGCAGCUCAUGCAACUGGUGAAAGCGGGAGGCAAUGUCUAUCACCUGCUCGUUAACGCGGGGGCGACGAUACAUGUGCUGGUGUUUCACGUGUGGAAAAGACGUCGCGGGUCUCCGGUAGCAGCUGCUGCUGCAGCGCCGAGGGGCUUAGGCAUCUCCUAUUUCUCUGAAAAGGGUUGGUACUACCCUCCAGUUUUUCCCAUCAAAUUUCGAAAGACGACCGAGUAUCGGCUUCAUGACGUGGCUUCCGAUAGAUCUUGCACAGCAGGCGUCGAGUGCAUUUGUCAGCAUCUUUUCGACGCGGAGCAAUUUCUGGGCGAGUUUUUGGAGACGUUCAAGCCACUUCGACAGUGCAGCCUCGUUGACUACGACCUGCGGCUCGUUCGGGUAAAAUUUGACGGCUGCAGCUCGUGA